CCUGCCCCUCGCUUCAUCUUUAGGUCCCUUAAUGUGUUUCACCUUUGACCACUUGUUGUGUCCGGCACAUAAGGCGGAGCAAAGCUGCAGCGUCCUGACAGGAGAGCUCCUCCACGGCGGGUACAACACACAUGAAGCCGGCGGAAGGAAGCACUCCAGCGGGGCUGGGAACCUGCCUGAGGUCGCGGCCAGUGUCCGGGGGCGCAGGGUCCAGAGAGCCUUCAGCACCGCCGCCCCCGCCAUGCCCUUCACACAUACACACAGUGUUAAUUCAUGUAACGUUAGUGUUACAGUAACCUGCUGUACAUGUGGAGCAAAGACUGGUCUCAACAGCCAAACUGUGAGCCUCCGUCUGCAGGGAACUGGUGCCUUGGCUCUUUUCCACAGUGUCAUAAUAGUGACUGCACUGAUAGACUCUGAUGAUGUCAUCUCACGAGAUGAGCAGAUCUACGUUGUGAUUGGUGCUCACGCCAAGUGUGAGAGGAACAUCCAGGCACAAAUGUCCCUGGUUAAAGAAGGUGACUGUAUCCCCGAGUGGGAUGGGAUCAUCUGCUGGCCACGGAGUACAGCGGGUCAGCUGGUGUCAGUGCUGUGUCAGUACAUCUACGACUUCAACCACAGAGGGCGAGCCUACCGCCAGUGUGACGCGUCAGGGAACUGGGAUCAGGUGCCCAGUAUCAACCGCACUUGGGCUAACUACAGUGAGUGCACCACCUACUUGACGUCCAACCACAGGAGCCAAGAAGUGAAGGUGUUUGAGAGACUCCAUCUCAUCUACACUGUUGGCUACUCCAUUUCUCUAGCAUCGCUGUUGGUGGCAGUCUCCAUCCUCUGCUAUUUCAAGCGUCUCCACUGCACACGCAAUUACAUCCACAUUCACCUCUUCACCUCCUUCAUAUGUCGAGCAGUCAGCAUUUUUGUGAAGGACGCUGUGCUCUACUCCGUAUCUGAAGACAGAGAGGCUGAGCCUGAGUUCACUGCACCAAAGCCUCAUAUGGCCGGCUGUAAAGUUGCUGUUACCCUCUUCUUUUAUUUCCUGGCGACCAAUCAUUACUGGAUCCUGGUAGAGGGGCUGUACCUACACAGCCUCAUCUUCAUGGCCUUCCUCUCUGACAAGAACUACCUAUGGGCCCUCACCAUCAUCGGCUGGGGUGUUCCAGCAGUGUUUGUGUCUGUUUGGGUCAGUGCUCGAGCAUCUCUGGCAGACACACAAUGUUGGGACAUCAGUGCUGGAAACCUGAAGUGGAUCUUUCAAGUUCCCAUUCUGGCAGCCAUUGUUGUGAAUUUCCUCCUCUUCGUCAACAUAAUACGUGUACUAGCCUCUAAACUAUGGGAAACAAACACUGGUAAAUUGGACCCUCGGCAGCAAUAUCGGAAGCUGCUCAAGUCCACAUUAGUCCUCAUGCCCUUGUUUGGAGUUCACUACAUGGUGUUCAUGGCUCUUCCUUACACUGAAGUCACGGGGCUGCUGUGGCAGGUGCAAAUGCAUUAUGAGAUGUUCUUCAAUUCAUCCCAGGGCUUUUUUGUGGCAUGUAUCUACUGUUUCUGCAAUGGAGAGGUGCAGGCAGAGGUAAAGAAGGCGUGGUUAAGACGCAGCCUUGUGCUGGACCUCAAACAGAAAGCCAGGAUGACCAGCAGCGGCGGGGGAGGCAGCUGUUACUACGGCGGCAUGAUGUCACACACUACCACCCACAGCGUCAGCUUGUCUGCUGCCAAUCCCAGAGCUCUUUCCUUCACUGGAGGUGUGGUGGGCUCAGGUGGAGCUCCCAGUGGAGGGUCAGGAGUCAGGCAGCCACGCCACGGCUCUCUCCACCUGCAAACCAGCCUGCCUGGAUACGUGACCUCCGGCACCCUACAGGAGACGGCUGUGCGGAAUCCCGGGGGGACGGAGUCUGGAGUUUUUGCCAGGCAUGCCAGAGCCAGCAAGAUAAAUCAUAACACCAAAGGUCAUGGAGCAUCUCCAGCACAAACCCCUGGAGCAGAAGAUCCAGACAGCUGCUUAUCUCUGAAAGAGCUGGAGACCAUCUUGUGACUGUUUUAAUAAAUUGACAGAAGGGCUUAAAUGAGGUAUUGGACUCAAGGCAGACUAAGACAGAUGACAGGGAUGAAUUUUUCUGACUUCACCUGACUAGAGGGGUCAUCUUUACAAGCCUCUAUGUUGUAGUGCAAGACUGAGGACCUCCCAAACUAGACAUUAGACCAAACAGAACUUACUUGUGUUUUGUCCACUUUUUCCAAGGUUAAGAAAUAACUUUCAGUCUCAACUUUUAAGCCAACAUAGACGAGGAGUCCUUAAAGUGUUUAAAUAAAUAAUCACCUACAAUUCCAUGACAGCGGUUUGCUGAGAAAGAUCUUGUGAUAUGAUCAAAAACACCAGAACAGCUUCUGAGCAGAGCUUGUGUGGGGAUUGUUUAGUUAACAAUUGUUGUAUGGUUCUCUGGAUGUUUUAGUGGAUGGGAUAAAAUUUCCAUCGCAUAAAAUAUGAGGGAACAAAAACACAUUUUCUUUUACAAAAUGACACUGAAGGCCCUUACUCAUUAUGACGUACCAAAUCAGGAUUAAAUAUAGUCAUACAUAACUGAUGGAUUUCUUGUGGAUCUAUUUAAUUUCUGUCAGUGUACAUUAAUUGAUCAAUCAAUGUGAAAGAAACUGCACUUGUGCGUGCGUGUGUGUGUGCACGCGCGUGCAUGUGUGCAUGCAUGCGUCCGUGCAACCCAGAUAAGCUUGUUGGCGGCUCAAUAGAGGUGCAGUCUUGUUCACGUGUACCAGAUGUCUGAGUGCGUGCGUGCGUGCGUGCGUGUGUGCGUGCGUGCAUGCGUGCGACCACUGUCUAUGAAUCUGCUGUAGCAAUUCUUCCAUUUCUAAAUGUUGACCUCCACACAUAUCAGCCACACAUUUAUGAUGGAGGAAGCAUUACUCCAGUAGUUACUUUACCGAGCUAACUGUCCACAUUUGAUUAUUUCUAACAGUCAGUAAUGUCCAGACAGCAUGUCUAGACAGGUAAGGUCUCUCUGAACCUGUGUUGUUGUUGUCCAUGUUGUCUACACAGCCCUAUUUAGCAUUCUGACAGGACCCUAAGGGCUGAUUCACAAACCUUUUGCCCCUCGCAGGCCAAACUCCAACCCCUUCCUCUGUGUAACCUCUGCCCCGAUCGCCCUCACAACACCUUCCAGAAUUUCACACUCACCCCCCAGACCUCUACUCGGAGCAAGAGGCACUUGAGCUGUUUGUAGACCUCGAGCAUGAGUGACAAAACCUGCAGCACAAGCCACCAGUAUUCACAAUGUAAACAGAACGGAAAAUGUACCUGUAAAUAUUUUAGGAUUGUUUAGGUGUUCAGAGAGAUAUGUACAGUGUAGGAUAACUCUGAUAAUUGAAUCAAUGUUCUGAGAGUAUGCCUUGAGAGUUUAAAUAAAGUGAAUUAAAUUAAGCUGAA